CCAGCUCUCGGCCCCGGCCUCCCCUCUCACGGCUUCUGGAGCGCUUCGCGACGCCUUCAUGGACUCCCGCGCGGCCAGCAGCGGGAGCGGCGACGCCCGGUCACCUACAUCAGACCUCAAUGUGGCACUGCAUGAGUGUAUGGCAGCUUUGGAUUUAUUUCUUAACAACAAGUUCUCGGAUGCUUUGGCUUCUUUAAAAGGAAAAACUAAAGAUAGCAUGUAUCAUGCACUGACUUAUGCCACCAUAUUGGAAAUGCAAGCUAUGAUGACAUUUGAUCCUCAGGACAUUUUAAAUGCUGGAAACACAAUGAAGGAAGCUCAAGCCACUUGUCAAAAAUUUAGGAAGAAAUCUACAGUAGCUGAUUCUAUCACCAACCUUGUGCAUAGACAAAGCCUUGAACACUUUACUGAAGAGGAAAUCCAUGCAGAGAUUUGCUAUGCUGAAUGUUUACUUCAGAGAGCAGCACUCACAUUCCUCCAGGAUGAGAAUAUGGUUAGCUUCAUCAAAGGAGGCAUCAAAGUCCGAAACAGUUACCAAACAUACAGGGAGCUGGACAGUCUCAUACAGUCUCCACAUUAUGUCAAAGGAGAAAACCAUCUUCAUUUUGAGGGGGGUGUAAAACUUGGAGUUGGAGCAUUUAAUCUGACAUUGUCCAUGUUUCCUGCACGGAUUCUGAGACUACUGGAGUUUGUUGGGUUUUCUGGAAACAAGGAGCGUGGUCUGCUGCAGCUUCAAGAGGGAGCAUCAUCAUACAGCUUUAGGUCGGUGCUGUGUACCAUGCUGUUGCUUUGCUAUCAUACUUUCAUGACCUUUGUGUUAGGGACAGGGAAAGGAGAUGUUGAAGAGGCAGAAAAACUACUUAAGCCUUACUUGGCUCGCUAUCCAAAGGGAGCCAUAUUCCUGUUUUUUGCAGGCAGGAUAGAGACACUGAAGGGUAAUAUUGAUGAGGCAGUUAAUAGGUAUGAAGAAUGUUGUGAGGCUCAGCAGUACUGGAAGCAGUUUCACCACAUGUGUUACUGGGAGCUGAUGUGGUGCUUCACCUACAAGCGUCAGUGGAAGAUGGCUUUCUUCUAUGCAGACCUGCUAAGCAAAGAAAACACUUGGUCAAAGGCUACUUACAUUUACAUGAAAGCUGCUUAUCUCAGUAUGUUUGGACCAGAAGACUGCAGUCCUUUUGGCGACAGUGAAGUUGAAUUGUUUAGGUAAGCUCCC